AACGUCAACGACAGCUGAUAUGCAACUCAGAAGAAGAAGAACCUAACCUAUUUAAUUUUAAUGUUUAUAAGAUAACAACUUAAAGUUGCCACAAUGGCAAAAGAGAAAAAAUUAAAAGUGGCAUUUAUCCAUCCAGACCUGGGAAUUGGAGGAGCCGAACGAUUGGUUAUAGACUUAGCUGUGGCACUUACGAAGCAAAAUCACGAAGUAUUUUUCAUAACAAAUCACUUCAAUAAGACUCACGCGUUCCCUGAGCUUCAAAACGGGCAGUUUCCUGUUAAAGUUAUCGGAGAUUGGUUGCCCCGUCAUGUGUUUGGUAGAUUUCAGGCGUUGUGUGCAUAUAUACGAAUGCUUUACUUGAGCCUUGUCUAUGUGUUGUUUAUGAGGAAGGAGGAUAAGCCUGAUCUGUAUUUUACGGAUUUAAUACCUGUAGCUAACCCCAUUCUGAAGCUGGCAAAUGAAAAAGUUAUUUACUACUGCCAUCACCCAGAUUUAUUGGCAAGCCCCCCAGGUGGAAAACUUAAGAAACUAUAUCGCCAGCCCAUAGAUUGGUUUGAAGGAAAGGCCACAUCUAAAUCUGAUAGCAUUUUAGUGAACAGUGAAUAUACAGCUUCAGUGUUCAGGAAAACAUUCCCAGACAUCACACAUCAAAUUGAAAUACUUUAUCCCACAAUUGCUUCAUCAUUCCAAGAUAUUGUUAAAGGACUUUCCACUCCAAAACCUAUAAGUGAAUUAGUGCCAGAAAUACAAUCAAAUGCUAGUGAUAACAUUGUAUUUUUGUCAUUUAAUAGAUUUCAUCCUGCCAAAAAAUUAGAACUAGCUAUUCUUGCAAUGGAUCAACUAAAAUCUUUUGUUUCUAAGGAGGAAUGGGAUAAAAUAUACUUUAUUUUAGCUGGAGGAUUUGAUCCUCAAUCAAAAGUAAAUGCGGACACCUUCAGCCAACUUAGAAACCUUGUCAAAGAUAAAGAACUUGAGGAUAAAGUAAUAUUUCUGAAGUCACCACCAGAUUCUACAAAAGCAGAACUGUUACAUUCCUGCAGUUGUUUAGUAUACACUCCAGUCAAUGAACAUUUUGGAAUUGUACCUUUGGAAGCAAUGCUGGUCAGUAAACCAGUAAUAGCCUGCAACAGUGGUGGACCAAGGGAAACUGUAGAUCAUGGAGUUACUGGUUACUUGUGUGAACCCAAUGCAAGGAGCCUGGCUGAAUUUAUGAAGAGGAUAUUAAAGGAGGAUAGAACUAAAAUGGGAAAGGCUGGCAAAAAACGUUUGGAUGAGAACUUUUCUACACAAUACUUUGAAAAAUGUUUAUGGAAGAUUGUUGACAAGACUGUUAAUAAUAAUAAAUUGAAAAUAAAAUAAAUUUAAAUAUA